AGAGAGAGAGAGAGAGAGAGAGAGAGAGAGAGAGAGAGAGAGAGAGAGAGAGAGAAUGUGCGAUGAGCAAUAGCUGUGGACCUUACAGUUGCUGCUAACUGCCCUGGCGUGUGUGAGGGAGAGAGAGAGGGAGGGAGGGAGAGAGAGAGCGCGCGCUAGCGCGAGAGAGCGAGUGAGCAAGCGAGCAGAAAAGAGGUGGAGAGGGGGGGAAUAAGAAAGAGAGAGGAGGAAAGGAGAGAAGGCAGGAAGAAGGCAAGGGACGAUACAACCAUGCUGUGCUGUAUGAGAAGAACCAAACAGGUUGAAAAAAAUGAUGAGGACCAAAAGAUCGAACAAGAUGGCAUCAAACCCGAAGAUAAAGCUCAUAAAGCCGCGACCAAAAUCCAGGCGAGCUUCCGUGGACACAUAACGAGGAAAAAGCUCAAAGGGGAGAAGAAGGGCGAAGCCCAGGCCGCCGAGGCCGAGGCCGCCGAGAAGAAGGAGGACGCCGCGGGCGCCGACGGCGCGGCCAAGAAGGAGGGCGAGGCCGCCGAGGCCGCCCCCGGCGCCGGGCCCAAGGCCGAGGAGCCCGGCCAGGCCGAGGAGAAACCGGGCGAGGGCGCCCCCGCCGCGGCCCCGGAGCCGGCGGUCGACGAGAAGGCCGGCGCCGCCGAGCCCGAAAGUGCCACGAAAGCGUCCACCGACAACUCGCCGUCCUCCAAGGCCGAAGACGGCCCCGCCAAGGAGGAGCCUAAACAAGCCGACGUGCCUGCUGCUGUCACUGCUGCUGCUGCCACCACCCCUGCUGCCGAGGACGCCGCCGCCAAGGCGACCGCCCAGCCUCCCACGGAGCCCGCGGAGAGCAGCCCAGCCGAGGAGAAGCCAGAAGCUGUAGAUGAAACCAAACCUAAGGAAAGUGCCCGGCAGGAUGAGGGUAAAGAAGAAGAACGUGAGGCUGACCAAGAACAUGCCUGAACUUUAAGAAAUGGCUUUCCAUGUCCCUCCCCUCCCCUCUCCUGAGCCCUGUCUCUCCCACCCUCUCUCAGCUCCACUCUGAAGAUGCCCUCCCUGUCCUGCUCACAUCUGUGAGUCUGUCCUCUCCUACCCACUGGCCCUCUUUCUCUCUGUGUGGCAAACAUUUAAAAAAAAAAAAAAGCAGGAAAGAUCCCAAGUCAAACAGUGUGGCUUAAACAUUUUUGUUUCUUGGUGUUGUUAUGGCGAGUUUUUGGUAAUGAUGAUCCAAUCAUUUUGGGAAAUUCUUGCACUGUAUCCCAGUUUUUUGAUCUGGUGCGUGUGGCCCUGUGGGAAUCCACUUUCCUCUCUAUCUCUCUCUGUUCCAAGUGUGUGUGCAAUGUUCCGUUCAUCUGAGGAGUCCAAAAUAUCAAGUGAAUUCAAAACCAUUUUUGUUUCUCUUCUUUUCAAUGUGAUGGAAUGAACAAAAAGGAAAAAAAAUAAAAAACCCAGUUUGUUUUAAAAAUAAAUAAGUAAAUAAAUAAUAAAGCAAAUGUGCCAAUUAGCGUAACUUGCGGCUCUAUGGCUCCUUUUUCAAUCUGAAUAUUAAUAAAUCAUGAGAGUAAUCAA